AUGAUUCUCUUAUCAUUCCAGAAAAAAAUUACCAGACCUUUAACGUUACUUAUACGUAGGACUCACAAUCAAAGUGUUAUUAUUAAUGAAAGUGAUGGAAUUAGAAAUAUUAUCUUAAACGAUGAAAAAACGAAAAAUUCGUUAUCACUAAAUAUGAUGAACAAUUUAAUAGAUGCAUUAAAUGCCAAUAAAGAAGAUAUAUCUUUGCGGGCUAUUGUAUUAUCAGCAAAGAGUCAUGUCUUUUCAGCAGGACAUAAUUUAAAGGAGUUACAGGUCUGUGAUGGAAUAGAACAGCACAAAUUGAUUUUUAGAAAAUCAACAGAAUUAAUGCAAUCUAUAAUUCAGAGUCCAGUACCAGUUAUAGCUAAGGUUAAUGGAUUUGCUACAGCUGCUGGGUGUCAAUUGGUUGCCACAUGUGAUAUGAUCAUAUGUUCAGACACAAGCAAAUUUUCUACACCAGGGGCUAAUUUCGGAAUAUUUUGUUCAACGCCAGGAAUAGCUAUUGGAAGAUCAGUACCUAAAUCACGAGCAAUGUAUAUGUUACUUACAGGUAAACCUAUUUCAGCUCAAGAAGCGUAUGAUAGUGGCUUGGUAACUAAGGUAGUAUCUGCUGAAAAACUAGAUGAUGAAGUAAUGAAUAUAAUUGACCAAAUUAAACAGAAGAGUCGCUCAGUGAUAACCUUGGGAAAACAUUUCUUUUACAAACAAAUUAAACUUGACUUGUUACACGCAUAUAAAUUAGGUGAAGAAGUAAUGGUCAACAACAUUAAUAUGGAUGAUGGCCAAGAAGCUUACAUGCUACUGGGAUAUUAUUAA